CCUUUAAAUACCGGUCCCGGCAGCGCGUUUCGCACCGGUCCCGGAGCAGGCGACCUCGAUGAAAGCCCCGAGCGGAGCCUCAGCCAUGUCCACGUCCCUGCGGGUGAGCCCGUCGGUCCACGGCUACCACUUUGACACCGCCUCACGCAAGAAAGCCGUGCCCGACAUCUUUGAGGCCAUCAGCCAGGAGUCGCUUCAGAAGCUCUUCAGGAACUCAGGCGACAAGAAGGCCGAGGAACGGGCCAAGAUCCUCCUCGCCACGGACCAGGACUCGGAGGACCGCACGCGGGCCUUGCUGGCCCUGAAGCAGCGGAGAAGAGACAAGCUCCUCCAGUUUCUGACCCUGCGGAGAUACUCCCUGAAAGUGCACUGAGCCGCCGCCUGGGAAAGCACCGGGAGAAGAUAGCGCAGGAACAAGACGGUGCGCAGGACAUGGUCCCGCGCACGGCCUUCGCCCCCACCGUGCAAGCUUCCGGCAGGACGAGGGGCCCUGCAAAACGGGCCCCAAGCAGUCGCUCCCACCACACCCCCCGCAGGCGGAGAGCCGAGCAGAGGACAGCAGCCCGUGCUCGCCGCGACCGCACUUGCCGGACAUCGCCCUCGUCCCUACACCGCGCAGAGGACCCCCGCGACCGGGCCAUGACACCCGGCACUCCUCAAAUGCCCCGACAAAAGGCACCGCGCGGGAGGCAGGAGCCGAACUUUCAGGGGCUGCCUUCUCCCGAGGCAUCCGACGUGACCGCCUCUCUCGUCCCCUCGCGGCACGGUGUCCCUGCCUUACGACUCGUUUGCGCAGCAGCCACCCAGCCGGGCGCCCUCGCCCUGAACUGCCUCGGCCAGGAAAGCCUUUGGUAGAUAGCACCUUUGCUUCUCACGACUACUAAGCUGCCCCGAGGCCUGCUCGGUCUCGCGGACGGCACGAUAGACAGGAGAAAACAGACUGCAAGGGGCUGGCUGUAUCCCACGGUAAGACUGUAGGACAAUGCUAUACUGCUCUCAACUGUGAUGUAUGGCACACGGCCACCUGCAGCCCAAUAAAUUCUAACGAUCG